AUGUCUAUGGGAAGUGAGAAGGGAGGAGAACAUUCCUCUAAAGCUGCAACUGAAGGUACAAGUGUGACACCUACCACAAGUGUGAGGCCUAUAAUUGCCUCAACAUCUGUGGAAAGGCCUACCAGUGCUACAUCAACUGGUGUGAGUUGUGCAAUUGCCUCAACAUUUGGAGAAAGGCCUACCAGUGCUACAACAACUGGUGUGAGGCCUACAAUUUCCUCAACAUCUAAGGAAAGGCCUACUAGUGCUAUAUUAUCUGGUGUAAGACCCGCAACAAAUCUAUUAGGUACUCAACAAUUAACUUCUAGCGCUGUUGGUCAAAAACGAAAGAGUAACACAACUUUAAGAGGUGGUGGAAGAGAAGAGUUGCAAUUACUCAAAGAAAGCUACGAGAGGAGAGUUACAGAUGCGCUCAAGCCAACAGAUGCUCAUGCCUCACCACUCAAGGCACACAUUAGAUUCCUCUUUGUUUAG